UGGAUGUUACUUAAUGGUGUGAAUGUGGAUCAGUGUAGAGAUGAUGGCGUUACUGGACUGUACAUGGCAAGUCAAAAAGGACAUAUUGAUAUAGUAAAGUUACUGUUAGAGAAUAAUCCAAAUGUUGAUCUAUGUGACAAGGAUGGCUGUAGUCCACUGUACUGGGCUAGUUUGAUUGGACAUACUGAUAUAGUAAAGUUACUGAUAAAGAAGAUUCCUAAUGUUGAUCUUUGUGACAAUAAUGGCUGUAGUCCUCUGUACUGGGCAAGUAGGGAAGGACAUACUGAUAUGGUAAAGUUACUGUUAGAGAAGAAUCCUAAUGUUGAUCUAUGUGACAAUAAUGGAUGGAAUCCUCUGUUGAUUGCAAGUAAGAAAGGACAUACUGAUAUAGUAAAAUUACUCAUAGAGAAGAAUUCUUAUGAUGAUCUAUGUGACAAUUAUGGCUGUAGUCCUCUGUACUGGGCAAGUAGGGAAGGAUAUACUGAUAUAGUUAAGUUACUGUUAGAGAAGGACACUAAUGUUGAUCUAUGUGACAAAGAUGGUUGUAGUCCUCUGAACUGGGCAAGUAGGGAAGGACAUAUUGAUAUAGUAGAGUUACUGUUGAAGAAGGAUCCUUAUGUUGAUCUAUGUGACAAUUAUGGCUGUAGUCAUCUGUACGGUGCAAGUCAGAAUGGACAUACUGAUAUAGUAAAGUUACUGUUAGAAAAGGAUCUUAAUGUUGAUCUAUGUGACAAUAAAGGCUGUAGUCCUCUGUACUUGGCAAGUAGGGAAGGACAUACUGAUAUAGUCAAGUUACUUUUAGAGAAGAAUGCCAAUGUAGAUCUAUGUGACAAGGAUGGCUAUAAACCACUGUACAGGGCAAGUAGGGAAGGACAUACUGAUAUAGUAAGGUUACUCUUGGAGAAGGAUCCUAAUGUUGAUCUAUGUGACAAUUAUGGCUGUAGUCCUCUGUACGGGGUAAGUCAGAAAGGACAUACUGAUAUAGUAAAGUUAUUGUUAGAAAAGGAUCCUAUUGUUGACCUAUGUGACAAUAAUGGCUGUAGUUCUCUGUACUGGGCAAGUAGGGAAGGACAUACUGAUAUAGUAAUGUUACUUUUAGAGAAGAAUGCCAAUGUUGAUAUAUGUGACAAGCUUGGCUGUAGUCCUCUGUACAAGGCAAUUAUGGAAGGACAUACUGAUAUAGUAAAGUUACUUUUAGAGAAGAAUCCUGAUAUUGAUCUAUGUGACACGGAUGGCUGUAGUCCACUGUACUGGGCUAGUUUGAUUGGACAUACUGAUAUAGUAAAGUUACUUUUAGAGAAGAAUCCUGAUGUUGAUAUAUGUGACACUAAUGGUUGCAGUCCUCUGUACAUAGCAAGUAGGAAGGGACAUACUAAUAUAGUAAAGUUACUGAUAGGGAAGAAUGCUAAUGUUGAUCUAUGUGACAAUGAUGGCUGUAGUCCCCUGUACGUGGCAAGUCAGAAAGGACAUACUGAUAUAGUGAAGUUAAUGUUAGAGAAGGAUCCUAAUGUAGAUUUUUGUGACAAAAUUGUCUGUAGUCCUCUGUACUGGGCAAGUAGGAAAGGACAUAUUGAUAUAGUAAAGUUACUUUUAGAGAAGAAUCCUGAUAUUGAUCUAUGUGACACGGAUGGCUGUAGUCCACUGUACUGGGCAAGUAGGAAAGGACAUACUGAUAUAGUAAAGUUACUUUUAGAGAAGAAUCCUGAUAUUGAUCUAUGUGACACGGAUGGCUGUAGUCCACUGUACUGGACAAGUAGGGAAGGACAUACUGAUAUAGUAAAAUUACUGCUAGAGAAGAAUCCUAAUGUUGAUCUAUGUGACAAUAAUGGCGGGACUCCUCUAUUCUGGGCUAGUUUGAUUGGACAUACUGAUAUAGUAAAGCUACUUUUAGAGAAGAAUCAUAAUGUUGAUAUAUGUGACAAUAAUGGCGGGAGUCCUCUGUAUUGGGCAAGUAAGCAGGGACAUAUUAAUAUAGUAAAGUUACUGAUAGGGAAGAAUGCUAAUGUUGAUCUAUGUAACAAUGAUGGCUGUAGUCCUCUGUACGUGGCAAGUCAGAAAGGACAUACUGAUAUAGUAAAGUUAAUGUUAGAGAAAGAUCCUAAUGUUGAUCUUUCUGGCAUAUUGGCUGUAGUCCUCUGUACUGGGCAAGUAGGAAAGGACAUACUUAUAUAG